UUCCAAAAUCCUCGUUGUUUUUUCUUCAACCGCUCGAUCUUCUCUCUUCCCCUUUUCUUCUUCUCCUUCGAUUUCAUGACAACGCCUCCAUUUCCAUCCCGAUCUUCUCGUUCUCCAAGAUCCUCCUAUUCGCCUACUUCGUUUUCCCCCAAUUUCCCACCAACCCCACUUCCUAAUCCUUCCUACUUUCUUCCAUCUCUGCGAUUUCAACAAUUUUUUCCUUGAUUUUAAUGGCAGACGCUCUCAGCAAGAUUGCUUUUGCCCCUUUUCCGCCUUCUUCUUCUUCUAUUUGUCAUCUUCAUCAGCUUCCUCCACCUUCUUCCGGCCUUAAAUCCGUCUAUUCUUCUUCGCAUCCCUUUAAUUGGCAACCCCUUUCUGUGAAAUUACCACCCACCUCGCGGCCGUUUUCGAGUAGUCACUCCUAUUGCAGAAGAAUAGAGUUUACAGAAGCUUGGGGUUUCUCCAGAAAUUCUGUUUCUCCUUCACGAUCUUCCACGAUUUCCCAUAGUGGCUUUCGGAUUCCAAAACCUCAGAAAUGGUGGGAAAAAGGGUUGCAACCUAAUAUGAAGGAGGUGACCGGUGCACAUGAUCUUGUGGAUUCUCUUUUAAAUGCUGGGGAUAAGCUUGUUAUUGUGGAUUUCUUCUCCCCUGGUUGUGGUGGCUGCAAAGCUCUUCAUCCGAAGAUAUGCCAAUCUGCUGAGAUGUAUCCUGAUAUACAAUUUUUGCAAGUGAACUAUGAAGAGCACAAAUCCAUGUGUUAUAGUCUUGGUGUUCAUGUGCUUCCCUUCUUUCGCUUUUACAGAGGCGCUCAGGGUCGCCUUUGCAGCUUUAGCUGCACUAAUGCAACGAUUAAGAAAUUCAAGGAUGCGUUGGCCAAGCACAACACCGAUCGAUGCAGUCUUGGCCCCACGCAAGGGUUGGAGGAGAAAGACCUUGUGGCACUUGCCGCUAACAAAGAAUUGUCUUUCAACUACAUGCCCAAACCAGCAGAAGAGGUCCCCAUCCCUAUCCCUGCCACUGUGGAAGGGGUAAGAAUAUCGGAAUCAAAACGAUCACGUUCGGACUUGGAGCAACUGCCUCUUCCUCUUCCUUCAACUAUCCUAAAGUCUGCCCAAGGCCCCAAGGAGAAUGCCUAUGUGGGAUGAAGCUACGCCCAUAUCCUAUCCUUAAUACGAGUGCUUUUGGUUGUAAAGUUUCAGGGGUCCUAUAUUAACGAGACCCCAGUGAAGUUGUAGGGUUUGUUUCUUCUUUCUUUUUUAUUUUUUUCUUUCGGUGGCUUGGAUCCCAGCCUGCUGAUUCUUUAGAACAUCAGCAGCCAGCUGUGUGAUUGAUUAUAUAUAUAGUUGCUCCUAGUUGUACACGGUUGUAUAAAGCUUCUCUGCAAGAUUGUGAGUUCAAAGAUUUCUGUAACAUUGUAACUAGUAAAUUGGUGCAAGUCCAAUGAAGAUAUAAUCAUUUCUAGGGAA